CAAGUUGGCUCCUAUAGUAAAAGGAUGCCAAGCCCCACAAAUUGAUUGCAACACUGUACAGAAAAAAAAAAAAAGGCAAAAGAAAAAUGAGAAAAUACCCUUCCGAGUGUGUUUUGUGGCUGAAUCAAAGUCAUGGCUGGAACUCCCGGAGGCCCCCGAUCUCCGCUGCUGGAAGACACCGUCGAUGGCUCCAUCGAUCACAAGGGCCGUCCAGCCAAGAGACCCACCUCCGGAGGUUGGAGAUCCGCAUAUUUCAUCAUGGGUGCUGAAGUUGCGGGGAGGUUUGCAUACUUUGGGAUACAGUCCAAUCUUAUAAACUUCCUCACGGACCGACUGGGGCAGUCCGUACCCUCUGCUGCCGAGAGUGUGAAUACAUGGACAGGGACGGGGAGUUUAAUGCCAUUAGUAGGGGCAUUUGUUGCAGAUUCUUAUAUUGGUCGUUAUGCCACCAUCAUUAUUGCUUCUCUUCUCUACAUCCUGGGAUUAGGGAUGUUAACUCUAUCUGCUGUGCUUCCUGUUCCCAGCCAUUCCGACUGCCAAAAAAGCAACAAAACCAUUCCGUGUUCUCCUCCUCAGCUCCAAAUGAUAUUCUUCUUUUUCUCGUUAUAUUUAGUGGCAGUUGGGCUAGGUGGGCACAAACCUUGCAUCCAGGCUUUUGGAGCCGACCAAUUUGAUGGACGAAAUCCAGUGGAGUGUAUAGCCAAAAGCUCAUUCUUCAACUGGUGGAUUUUUGGUGUAUUUUCUGUUACCAUAGUAACUCAGUCAGUCUUGAGCUACAUUCAAGACAACUUGAAUUGGGGUCUUGGAUUUGGAAUCCCAUGCAUUGGCAUGAUACUGGGGCUGCUCCUUUUCUUGCUUGGGACUAGGACUUAUCGGUAUAGUGUCAAAGGCCAUGAGAGAGGCCCAUUUAUGAGAAUCGGUCAGGUGUUUAUUGCAGCAGGUAAGAACUGGCUAGCAACACCUUCAUCGAUAGCUACAGAAGAUUUAGCUGGAGGAACCUUGCGACAACAAGAUUCUCAACAAUUCAAGUUUCUGAACAAGGCAUUGCUUGCACAAGAUGAUUUGAAAGGAAAUGGAAGGCAGUGUACUAUUGAUGAUGUUGAAGAAGCAAAGGCAGUUUUAAGGUUGUUUCCCAUAGGGGCUACCUGUUUGGCGUAUGCUAUUGUGUAUGCUCAGUCAUCUACUUUCUUUACAAAGCAAGGAUUCACCAUGGACAGAUCAAUUGGAUCAGGGUUUGACAUACCAGCUGCUUCACUUCAAGCCUUUAUUGGCCUCUCCAUUGUCCUCAUCGUCCCCCUAUAUGACCGCAUCUUUGUUCCCAUUGCAAGAACCUUAACUAGGAGGCCAUCUGGCAUAACAAUGCUCCAGAGGAUCGGAAUAGGCAUGUUUCUGUCUGCUAUUUCCAUGGUAAUUGCAGCACUAGUUGAGAUGAAACGGCUCAAAACUGCACAAGAAUAUGGCUUGGUUGAUGUGCCAAAUGCAACUCUUCCAAUGAAAGUAUGGUGGUUGCUUCCCCAAUACAUCUUGUUUGGAAUUACUGAUGUGUUCACCGUGGUCGGUCUUCAAGAGUUUUUCUAUGAUCAAGUCCCAACUGAAUUAAGGAGUGUCGGUCUCGCCCUCUGCCACUGUAUCUUUGGAGUAGGGAGCUUCUUGAGCAGCUUUCUUAUCUCUGCAAUUGAGAAAGCAACUGGUGGAGAUGGCCAACAUAGCUGGUUCAACGAUAAUCUCAAUCGGGCACAUCUCGAUUACUAUUAUUGGGUUCUUGCAGGGCUGAGUGCGGUAGGAUUGAGUUUAUACUUGUAUUUUGCAAAAUCUUACAUAUACAAUAGGGGACGUGCAUUAUGAAUGCACUUGGAUUCAGGUACGUCAAUUGUUGUAGACAUGUUCAAUGAGAAUUGUUAUCUUAAAUUUGUACAUAUCUGUUGCAGGUCGACGGUUAGGUGUAGUAUUUUAGAAGUGGUUGUCAUAAGAAAUUACAUUUUUCAGUUUCCAAGGCAAUGAGAAGAGAACAUUGAAUGCUGUGUA